CAGUAAUCCCCUUGAGACUCGUCCGCCUCCUCGAACUGCCCAACAGAAGAAGAAGACCUCCGUCCUCCGCCGUCUCCCUCGUCGAGACAUCAUCCUCCACCGUCUUCCAUUCAAGUGACCACCGACGUUCGUUGCAUACUCCUUCCUGUUCAACUCCCCAAAUUUCGGGACUCCAAUGUGAACAAAACCCUCAGUCAAGGUAGGGGAACACUAUCAAGGAGCUACGGAAGGAUUGCGACGGUCUGCUUCUCUCGUCGUGCCCUUCACCCGCCGGUCAUAAAUCGCAGUAUUCGUAAAUUCUGUGAAAUGGCGGCGGAGAGUGGGAAAAGCUUGAAAAGGAGGGAUCACCUCUUGGAGAUCGAGGCAAAGGCUAGAAGUUGGUGGAAUGAGGUAGACGUUUUCAGAGCCGAGCCAUGUGAAAAACCUCCCAAGCCCGGGGAGAAAUUCUUUGGCAAUUUUCCAUUUCCCUACAUGAAUGGUUAUUUGCACCUUGGCCAUGCUUUCUCUCUUUCGAAGCUGGAGUUUGCUGCCGCUUAUCAUAGGUUGAGGGGUGCCAAUGUGCUUCUUCCGUUUGCUUUCCACUGCACCGGCAUGCCCAUUAAGGCAUCUGCUGAUAAGCUUCGCCGUGAAAUUCAACAAUUCGGUAACCCUCCUGUGUUCCCUGGACCAGCCGCUGAGCCAGAAGAACCAAAAAAACCAGAGCAAGGGGAUGAAAAUGUAUCUGGCCAACCUGAUAAAUUUAAGGGCAAAAAGUCCAAGGCAGCAUCUAAAGCCGGUGGGCAAGUGUUCCAAUGGGAGAUCAUGCGUAGUUUUGGGCUAACUGAUGAAGAGAUUUCAAAGUUUCAGGAUCCAUAUGAGUGGUUAAGGUUCUUCCCGCCAUUGGCUAUGGAGGAUCUCAAGGCUUUUGGCUUGGGUUGUGAUUGGAGGCGCUCCUUCGUUACGACAGAUAUAAAUCCCUACUUCGACUCUUUUGUGCAGUGGCAGAUGAGGAAGCUCUAUGCUAUGGGUAAGAUUGUGAAGGACGUUAGAUACACAAUUUACUCUCCUUUAGAUGGCCAGCCUUGUGCAGAUCACGACAGGGCAUCUGGUGAGGGAGUUCUUCCCCAAGAGUAUACCCUCAUCAAGAUGGAAGUCUUAAAGCCUUUUCCUAUGAAGUUGGGACCUUUGGAGGGGAAAAACGUUUUCCUAGCUGCUGCUACUCUGAGGCCAGAGACUAUGUAUGGGCAAACGAAUGCCUGGGUGUUGCCGGAUGGUGAAUAUGGAGCUUUUGAAAUUAAUGAAACUGAUGUGUUUGUCAUCACAGCUCGGGCGGCCCUUAACCUAGCAUAUCAGAACUUCUCUAGAAUCCCUCAGAAGCCUACUUGCUUGAUGGAGCUGACUGGUUAUGACCUGAUUGGCCUUCCUUUGAGGUCUCCUCUUUCGGGCAAUGAAGUCAUAUACGCUCUUCCUAUGUUGACCAUCCUAACAGACAAAGGCACCGGGAUCGUCACCAGUGUGCCUAGUGAUGCCCCUGAUGACUAUAUGGCUUUGCAUGAUCUCAAAGCAAAACCUGCUUUCAGGGCCAAAUAUGGGGUCAAGGAUGAGUGGAUAAUGCCCUUUGAAAUUCUGCCAAUAAUUAACAUUCCAGAGUUUGGGGAUAAGGCGGCUGAAAAGGUCUGCAUUGAUCUGAAAAUUAAGAGCCAGAACGAGAAGGAGAAGCUCGCUGAAGCUAAACGGCUCACGUACCUCAGAGGGUUUACUGAGGGAACAAUGCUUGUUGGAGAAUAUGCCGGGAUGAAAGUCCAAGAAGCAAAACCAUUGCUUCGAACCAAACUUAUUGAGACGGGCCAAGGAAUUUUGUAUAGUGAGCCUGAAAAGCGAGUCAUGUCAAGAUCGGGUGAUGAAUGCGUUGUGGCACUUACUGAUCAAUGGUACAUAACAUAUGGAGAAGCAGAAUGGAAGAAACUGGCCGAGGAAUGCCUGAGCAGUAUGAACCUCUAUUCUGAUGAGACACGCCAUGGGUUUGAGCACACUUUGAGCUGGCUGAAUCAGUGGGCGUGCUCACGAUCAUUUGGUCUUGGGACUCGCAUUCCGUGGGACAAGGAAUUUCUCGUUGAGUCCUUGUCUGACUCCACCAUUUACAUGGCCUACUAUACUGUUUCACACUUCCUGCAUAACGAAGACAUGUAUGGUACAAACAAGCAUCCAAUUCAACCUUCGCAAAUGACUGAUGAAGUUUGGGAGUUCAUCCUCUGUGGUGGUCCAUACCCCAAAUCCUCUGGUAUACCAGCAGCAGUACUUGAUAAGAUGAAGAUGGAAUUUGACUACUGGUAUCCGUUUGACUUGCGAGUCUCAGGCAAGGACCUUAUCCAGAACCACUUGACCUUCUCCAUAUACAACCAUGUAGCAAUCAUGGAUAAGAAGCACUGGCCACGUGGAUUCAGGUGCAAUGGACAUAUUAUGCUCAACUCUGAGAAGAUGUCCAAGUCAACUGGCAAUUUCAGAACGUUGAAACAGGCGAUUGAGGAAUUCUCAGCUGAUGCAACGAGAUUCUCGCUGGCUGAUGCUGGAGAUGGUGUUGAUGAUGCUAAUUUCGUAUUUGAAACCGCCAAUUCGGCAAUCCUCCGCCUUACCAAGGAGAUUGCGUGGAUGGAAGAAGUUCUGGCUGAAUCAUCCUCUCUCAGGGCAGGCCCUCCAUCAACUUAUGCUGAUCGUGUGUUUGAGAAUGAGAUAAACAUUGCGGUCAAGAUGACGGAAGAGAGUUACAGUAAUUGCAUGUUCAGAGAGGCAUUGAAGACCGGAUUCUAUGAUCUGCAAACUGCAAGAGAUGAGUACAGAUUCUCAUGUGGCAGUGGAGGGAUGAACCAUGACCUGGUUUUCCGAUUUAUGGAUGUGCAGACUCGCCUCAUUACUCCAAUUUGUCCACACUAUGCUGAAUAUGUACGGAGGGAGCUUCUAAAGAAGGACGGGUUGGCAGUGAAAGCCGGUUGGCCCACUGCAGGUUCUCCUGAUCUGAAGUUGAAGGCAGCCAACAAGUACCUGCAGGACUCCAUUGUUCUGAUGAGGAAGUUGCUCCAGAAGCAACUUUCUGGUCCAAAGAAAGGAAACAAGAAAGAUGCAGCACCGGUUACAGCUGCCUCGACUGAGAACAAAUUAACAGGGUUAAUUUAUGUCAACGAAAAGUUUGAUGAGCGGAAAUCGGAAUGUUUGAGGAUACUCCAAAGCAAGUUUGAUUGCAAUACUCGAACUUUUGCACCCGAUGGCGAGAUAUUGCAGGCAUUGCAGGCAAGCCCACUUUUCCAGGGUUCGAACUUCAAGCAGUUCCAGAAGCAGUACAUGCCAUUUGUGAGGUUCAAGAAGGACGAAGCCGUUGCAAUAGGGGUUCAGGCCUUGGAUGUGAGGCUACCUUUUGGAGAGAUUGAAGUUCUGAAGGAGAACCUGGAGCUGAUCAAGAGACAGCUGGGUCUUGAAGUUGUUGAAAUUUUAUCAGCCUCAGAUCCUAACGACAAGGCUAGAGCUGGCUCCCUUGCCUCUCUCUUGGACCAGAAUGCGCCCUCUCCUGGAAGCCCCACGGCCAUCUUCUUGACCAGGUCAAAAGAAGCACAACCCCCCAUUCAAAUUGAAUAACGGCAGCUACCUUUUGCUUUUCUUCUUCUUUUUUAAUUGCACUUAUGGAACUUGAAGUAGUGCUUACUGCUGAGUCUCUUGUCUUCCAUAUAUAGGUAGGUAACAAACUAGCAGAGAGCCGGACGUGGAACAAAGUGAUUGCUAGGGCAAUGCCGGAAAGAAAUACGAGUAAAUGCGUGGGAAGAGCUGACGAUAGUUUCGAUUUCGAUCUGUUUUUGAAUUUUUUGCUGCUGUUUUGUUCUGAACCUGUACUUUCUUCAACUGUUAACUCAUGUUAUGCCGUUUCCCCGACUUGUAGUGCAGUGAAAUUUCAUCUGUGUUGUGCUGCUGCUGGGCUUGUUUGAUGAUGAAAUUUCGUUGAUGCAUUUUUGUUCAGUCUUCUUUUCCCUUAAUGAUUAAGAGGUUUCAUGGAAAUGGAAUGUCAUCAUAUUACGUUUGAGCUAGCUUCGGUCCAACAUUAUAGUCUACUGCUUUGGUUAUUACUAUGUGAAAAAUUUAUACUUGCUGACACUGUUAGAUCGGCCGAUUAGGUUUGUCAAUUUUUCAUAUGACACUGACACUGAAUUUCUUAAUUGUACCUUGCGACUUAGCUCUCACGUAAAAAGCCUAAAAUUUUCUGAAGAGGACUAGUCAUUACUAUCUUGCUUGCUAAGUUGAGACGACUCUUCGUCUAGGAAGUGGACUCUUGAUGUAACUUGGUUUGCUAAUUAAUCAGCGAUCUAGGAGCUGUGGUUCGUUUCAUUCUGAGCAGGGAGGUUUCUGGCGGCAACGGUACCAUUGAGCAAUCAUAUGCUCGAAGAAAACUUGAGCAGGAUGUCACCAAAUUCUUACUUGUCCGGCAACAACAAGAACGCCCGCCAUAUCCUCCGACGGUGGAGCAACCUGAAACUCUCGGUCGCUGUCUCCCUUGGAAUCAGCCUCUGCUGCCUUCUCGUUUACUGCUCCCUCUGCUCUUCCCCUUUCUCGACGACGACGAAGCUCCUAUUGUCGCCGGAGGAAGACCCAGAGCUGGUCAGAGUACUGAGGAGCACAGCAUUUGCGACGGCGGGUAGGCGAUCAAAAUCGACGGUGAUCCUGACCAUGAUAAACAAAGCGUGGGUGGAGCGAGGGUCGAUUGUGGACGUUUUUCUGGAAGGGUUUUCGGUCGGCGACGGGACGCAGGAACUGGUGAAGCAUUUGGUGAUCGUGGCACUGGACCAGAAGGCCUACGAGCGGUGCCAGGAAAUCCACCCGCACUGUUACGCGCUGACUACGCCGGGAGUGAAUUUCACAGGCGACGCCACAUUCAUGACCCAAGAGUACUUGCUAGUCGUGUGGCGCCGCAUCGACUUCUUAGGCUCUGUUUUGCGCCUGGGAUACAACUUCGUCUCCACGGAUGCAGAUAUAGUGUGGUUUCGAAACCCAUUCCCGCGGUUCCACGAGGACGCCGACUUCCAAGUGUCGUGCGACAUGCACCUAGGCGACGACUCCAACCGCGACAACCUUCCCAACACGGGCUUCACCUUCGUCAGAUCCAACCCCAGGACGGUCCGCUUCUACCAACACUGGUACCGCUCGAAAGACAGGUUCCCCGGCGAGCACGACCAAGACGUCUUCAACCGGAUCAAGUUCGACGACGACGACGCCGCCAUCGGCGGGUUGAAGAUGAGGUUCCUCGACACCGCCUACUUCGGCGGCUUCUGCGAGCCGGUCAAGGACCUCAACGUCGCCUGCACCAUGCAUGCUAACUGCUGCGUCGGGCUGGACACCAAGGUGCACGACCUCAGAAACUUGCUCCGGGACUGGAAGCGUUUCUCGGCGUUGCCUCCUGAAUCGAGAAACGGGGUUUCGUUUGAUUGGACCGGGUAUUCUCCACCCUUCAGGUGCAGGGCUUGAUCAUGAAUUGGGAGCUGCGGAGGAGCAAAUUAAGAAUGACAGAAAGUACGUACUGUAGCGGUUAACUGGAAGGAAACCGAUUCACUUGAGUUCUUAAUUAAUCUCACUGGCUAUACAUGAGCUCUCUGGACAAGUUACAACUACUUACAGUUAUUAAAUAGGAGUGUUUGAGCUUUGAAUUCAACCAAAAUGAGGACCAUCGGGUCAUCAAUUCUCUACAUAAAUAAAGUAGGUUUUUUGGCCAU